AUGGACUCAGAGACUGCCAAGCAGUCCUUCCGCCUCCUAGAGCUUCCCCCGGAGAUCCGAGAUAUGGUCUAUGUGCACGUACUCUUUGCGUCCGCACACACCACCGAUAUCUCCCAGCGCAAAGCGAGUCUCGAUAUCGAUGUCGGCACUCCAAUCCAUACCAACAUCCUUCUCACCAGUCGCCACGUAUUCCAGGAAGCACGGAACGUCAUCAUUGGGGCACAGCUGGUCCAAGUUAUCACAUGUGGUGGUAAACACCAAGACCUUCGCACAGGAGCCGCCAUGGAAGACCGGAUUCCAACGUUCCACACAAGAUAUAGGCAUUUCUGUCUUUUGAAGCACAUCAUGGACGAAAAUUAUCUGUCAGAAUCAUGGCAGGGCCAUGACGACAUCAGCUACAUCAUACGAAAGGAUGAUCUCAGUCGGUUCUGUCGUGGGCUUUUCGUAUUGGAUCCAGUCCGCUGCGAUACACCAACCCUGGACCCCAAUAUCAGUCACUGCUUGGUUAUGGUGGAUCCCGAGGCCAGGCUGCGGGCUGGCCCAGCGCAUGUAUCCAUGACCGUUCCCAGCCACAAGUACUUGUUCCAAAUAUACCAGAAGGUGCUUCGCGGCUGUGAGGAUUUUUGGAUUUCCGCGCAUUCAUCCGUGGAGCCCGAUCGUGAUUUCAUGAACGACAUGGCCGAGAAAAUCAGGUCCGGCAACAUCUUGAGGUCCUAG